AUGUUCAGAACUUUAAUCAAGCCAUCAACUAUAAAUAAUUCUUUGAAAUCCCAAAAAUUCUUCUCUAUUAGUGCUAGAAGAAAUGCACUGAGCAUAAAAUUGAAUGGAUUGGCUGAGGGUUAUAGACAAACAUUAAAAGUUAACGACCCAGUUAACGUUAAUCAUGUCAUCAAUGUGAACCGAGGAAUUAAGCUUGGAAAAGCUGAAAUUGAUAUAGAUGCUGCAUUAGCCCCAUUAUCCAAAGUCCCUAACGAGUAUCCAGGGUUUUUGACAGAGAAAGUCAUCAUUAAUUAUAAAGUUGAAACUGAUGCAACUGAUGAACAAUUUGAACAAUUGAGAGACGAAACUGAAGCCAAAUGCCCUAUUGCUCAAGUCUUCAUCAACAGUAAAGGGUUGAAAUUUGAAAGCAAUUGGACAAAAAUCCCUUUGAAAUAG